GCUCUACCGAACGAGACCGGAAGUGCUUGUGUUUGAUGAAACUUGUACUGUAGGUUGGGAAGAGGCGCUUACAACAGCUUUAAAAUGGGGAAGCGACAGCAUCAGAAAGACAAAAUGUACAUCACAUGUACAGAAUAUACACAUUUCUAUGGUGGAAAGAAACCAGACAUUCCGAAGACCAACUUCAGACGGUUACCAUUCGAUCAUUGCGGCUUGUCUUUACAGCCCUUUGAAUAUCCAGUAUGCACCCCAGAAGGAAUAGUAUUUGACCUGCUGAGCAUAAUGCCGUGGAUAAAGAAAUAUGGCACAAACCCUAUCACUGGAGAGAAACUAGAGGCCAAGUCUCUCAUCAGACUGAACUUUGCCAAGAACCAAGAUGGAAAGUAUCAUUGUCCAGUUCUCUUCUCUGUGUUUACCAACAACUCUCACAUUGUGGCUGUGAGUAAUACUGGAAAUGUCUUCUCGUAUGAGGCCGUUGAACAAUUAAACAUUAAACCAAAAAGCUACAAGGACCUUCUUACUGAUGAACCUUUCACCCGCCAGGACAUUAUAACUCUACAGGAUCCCACGCACCUGGAUAAAUUCAACGUUUCCAAUUUCUACCAUGUAAAGAAUAAUCUAAAGGUUAUAGAUCCUGAGGAAGAAAAGGCUCGCCAAGAUCCGUCCUACCACUUGAAAAAUGCCAACAUGGAGACCCGGGAGACGCUGAGCGAGCUCUACAAGGAGUUUAAAGGGGAUGAAAUGCUGGCAGCCACCAUGAAAGGACCUGAGAAAAAGCCAACGGAUAAAUUAAAUGCAGCACAUUAUUCCACGGGAGCAGUAAGUGCCUCCUUUACCUCCACAGCCAUGACCCCAGAAACUACACACGAGGCAGCUGCCAUUGCAGAAAAUACUGUGCGUUAUCAGUAUGUGAAGAAGAAGGGGUAUGUUCGACUGCAUACCAAUAAGGGCGAUCUCAACCUAGAGCUGUAUUGUGACAAGACUCCAAAGACCUGUGAGAACUUCAUCAAACUGUGUAAGAAGAAUUACUAUGAUGGCACCAUCUUUCACCGCUCCAUUCGUAACUUUGUGAUUCAAGGAGGGGAUCCAACUGGCACAGGGACAGGAGGAGAAUCGUGCUGGGGGAAACCUUUUAAAGAUGAGAUUAAACCCAACUUGUCUCAUACGGGAAGAGGGGUCCUUAGCAUGGCUAACAGUGGCCCAAAUACAAACAAAUCCCAAUUCUUCAUUACCUACCGCUCUUGUACCUAUCUAGACGCGAAGCACACAGUGUUUGGUAGAGUGGUUGGGGGAUUUGACACUCUGACAGCCAUGGAGAAUGUGGAUACAGACAUUAAAACAGAUCGUCCCAAGGAGGAGAUCCGAAUAGAGACUACCACAGUAUUCGUGGACCCGUACGAAGAGGCUGAUGUUCAGGUGGCUGCAGAACGUGAGAAAGCAAAGAAACAGGAGGAAGAAGAACAGAUAAAGGCAAAGGCUGUGCUACCAAAAAAGGAGCAGAACCAGACGCCCAAAACAUAUCGCCAGGGCGUGGGGAAAUACAUUAACAUGGCAGCAACGAAACGUUCUGCUGAAGAUGACGAGCCUGUCCCUUCCACCAGCAAAAAAGAGAAAGUUACCCGUGGCUUUGGAGAUUUUAGUUCAUGGUAGAGGAAGCCCGCCAUGAGUGCUGUAUACUUUUUUGUUUCCCUUUCUUCAUGCACCGUCUGUAUUUGAAAUAAACCAUCACAAUGGCCAUAUUCCUUAACCUGAAUUUCCACUAUGGCUAGCUAGACUGAUUGGUUAAUAUGAUGGAUUUACUGAACAGAUGUCGUUCUAAAAAGGCCCUGGAACAUAGUCCUCUUGCCGUGUACUAACUAGGACAGACCAGUUUCACGGAUGACCUCUUAAUGAGUGACAUGCUUAGGUAGGGUCACCACCUUGAAAAAGUGAAUGUUUUUGGACCUAAGGCCAUUGUUUUUAACCUUUGUCUAAACAAAGGCAUAACUGGCCGCCUUGCCUUUUUUUGUGUCAUCUAACUAUUCAGAUUCCUCUCCUCAGGGCUUGUACAUAAUGAGAGGGCUGAGCUCUGAAAUUUUAGCUAAACAUGAAUGCUGUUGCUAUAUGCAUUGAAAAUGUUACCUGGGUUUGUUACUGCGGGUAUUUAAAUCAUAGCUGUCCUGUUUCCACUCAUUGCAAUUAAAUUGUCAAAACUU